AUGGCUCUGGAGUCACAAACCUGUGCCCUGGUGGGGUCGUUCCUGGUGGAGUAUCCCACCUCUCAGCCUGGUGUCAUUUUUCUCUUCAAAACCUCUGGUACUGCCCACAGGUUCUUCCAGGUGUUACUCCUGUUGCUGGUGCUGGUUGUGUUCCUGAUGCUUGGCUUCCUGCAUGUGGACUUCAGACUGCUCACACCGGACGAGGCCCAGGAACCACCCGUCACCAACAUCAUGUUCCUCAAGACGCAUAAGACAGCCAGCAGUACAAUACUCAAUCUCCUCUACCGCUUUUCAGAAUCUCACAACCUGUCUGUAGCGCUGCCCAAGGGCUCUAGCUUCCAUCUGGGUUACCCCUGGCUUUUUGUGACUCGGUAUGUGGAGGGCAUGGAGCAGGACAGCCACCUGAAUCAUCAUCACUUCAACAUCAUGUGCAACCACCUGAGGUUCAACUUUCCUGAGGUGCAGAAAGUCAUGCCCAAUGACACUUUCUACUUUUCCGUCCUACGGAACCCGGUUUCCCAGCUGGAGUCUGCCUUCAUCUACUACAAGGACUAUGUGCCUGCCUUCCAGAGGGUCAAGAGCCUGGACCAAUUCCUGGCAGAUCCGUGGAGGUACUACAACGUCAGCAAGGGCCUGAAAAAUGUCUAUGCAAGAAACAACAUGUGGUUUGACUUCGGCUUCGACAACAACGCUAGGGCUGACGCGGACUAUGUGCGCACGCGCCUCGCAGAGGCGGAGCGCCGGUUCCAUCUGGUGCUCAUUGCGGACCACUUUGACGAGUCCAUGGUGCUGCUGCGCAGACAGCUGCGCUGGCAGCUGGAUGACGUGGUAUCCUUCAAGCUGAAUGCGCGCAGCCAGCGUACGGUCUCGCGCUUGACGCCGGAGAGCCAGGAGCGGGCCAAGCACUGGUGUGAGCUGGACUGGCAGCUCUACCAGCACUUCAACCGCACAUUUUGGGCCCAGCUGCACGCGGAGGUGAGUCCGCGCCAGCUCAGGGAAGAGCUGGAGCAGCUGCGGGCGAGGCGUCGUGAGCUCACCAACCUGUGUCUUCAGGACCCCGAGCCCAAGAACAAGACACAGAUAAAAGACCGGAAUCUGCUCCCCUACCAGUCUGGGAAUGCUGAAAUUCUGGGCUACAGCCUUAGGCAUGAUCUGGACAAUACUACACUGCGCAUCUGUCAGAGGAUGGCGAUGCCAGAGCUCCAGUAUACGGCCCACUUGUACUCGCUACAGUUUCCCAACGAGCCUCCCAAGAACAUCCCAUUCCUGAAAUAGUGGAGGUUCAGCUAAAUGACCCCUUCUCCCCAGGCUUCCCUGUGAGCCCUAGACUUUGCCAACCUACCUUUCCAAAGUGAAAAACAGAGUGAAACCUGUGUGUAGAGACCCACCCACCCCCAGCUCUGGGAGGAGGGCCCUACACUUGAGACAACAGGCACAGCUGGACCACAGCUGAACCCGCCCGUUGUAGAGACAUGUCCUGGACAGGCGAGAAUGCUAGUACCCUUUAAUUAUCUGUUCACAAGGAGUCGGUCUAAACAGCCCAUCAGGUGAACAUCAGCCUUGGGGAGCACAGGGACUUAGGCAGGUGGGCCUGGCCAUCCAUGAAGAGACUCAGAACAGCUCCUGGGGGUUUUCCAGCCUCAUGGAUUCAGCACUGGUCACAGAGGAGCCAUGCCUAUAUAGAGCACACAGCUCCAAGUGGGGCCCAGGGGAGAUGGGAUGAAUAGGCAGCGUCCCAUCUUUGGCUUUAUGAAGUACAGUGUAGACUGAGAAAUUUGAAAGUUGCUGGUUGGACUGAACACAGCUGGGUUCACUUUAUAGCUGCUUCCCAGGGGGCAAUCGUGAGGGAGAAAGUGUCUGAUUUGAAAAAGGUGCUCAGAAGGUCUCAGAUCUCUUUAGUUGCCUUGGAAACCAUGUUGUAUAUAGUCUUUGGGAUCUUUUGUGUGUGUGUGUGUGUGUGUGUGUGUGUGUGUGUGUGUGUGUGUGCCUUCUCUUUUCUUCUUGUGGGAAGAUACUAAGCCCCCAGUCCCCUGUUCUGGCAGGAUGAUGAACUUGGUUACUCGGGGGUCUUAACAUCAGGUAGUCUUAAUAUCAGGGAAAAGCAAGGUGUCUGGGGUCCUGGAAAAGUUGCUACUGUCACAUACAUACUCAGCCUAGAGCCUCAGUUUGAGCCAUGUCUGUUGAGCCUGAGUGGCUUUUCUUCUGUGUCAGAACCCCCAGCUCUGUGCAAGAGGGCCCAUGCUCCCCUGGACAGCAAUUUCAUAGAGGCACUUUAGGAAAAGUAAUUGUCAGUGAGUUUAGAGAUGGUGCAAUGAAUGAGCUUAUCAAUCCAAAAAGAAGAGUGUAAAUUGAAGAAUGGCUUUCCCAAACUGAACAGAGCUAGUCAAGAAUGCCAGACGUGGUGGCACAGGCCUUUAAUCCCAGCAUUGGGGAGGCA